AUGUCUUGGCAAGACUAUGUUGAUUACCAAUUAAUCCAAAAGGGACUUGCUCAUGCCGCCUUCAUAGGAGAAGAUCUUGUUGUUUGGGCAUCUAGCGAGGGUUUUAAUCUAUCUGAAGCUGAACGGCGUGCAAUGUUUGACGCAUUCGAAAAUCAAGAUCAUUUCUAUGAAUCAGGCUUAGAUCUUACUGGACGACACUUUCAUCCUGCAGCCGCUGAUGAUCGCAUUAUCAGGGUUGUACAGGAGGGAAAUGGGGCAAUGCUGGUGAGGAUGAAGGGUUUCAUCAUUGUGGGUGAAUACGGCAAUCUUGCGCCUGCACAGGGGCAGUAUUUCAUAAACAAACUAGCGGACCAGCUCACUGCGGCGGGCUUCUGA